UGUGUUUUAAUUUGACCCCAUCCUCUACUGAUGACGUUGAACAAGUACAAGUGCUGCAACGUGUGUGGUUUAAGAAUUAAACAUUAAAAAAAUUUUAAGAGUAUUUGAAAGAAGAACAUUUAUUGUUUUCUGAAACCUGUCACAAGCGAUAAUGUCUGGAUUUGGAGACCAGCCCGACUAUUUCCGUCAGCAGCAGGACGUUUCAUACAAUUUCGAAAUGCCCCCUCAGCAGGACUUCCAGCAGGAAUUAAACUUCCAAUCGUUUGAAGGAAAGCCGAACGUAUCUGGCAAUAUUUACGAGUCCAAUCCUUACCUAAACCCGUCUGUGCCUUACUCAGGUGAUGUAUAUGGAGGAUCUGGACAAGGCCGAGCUUAUGACGGCACAGGGGGCGAGUUCGAGGAUGAGCCGCCGCUACUUGAGGAGCUGGGCAUUAAUCCCGAGUUUAUCGUGCAAAAGACUCUCACAGUGCUGAAUCCUUUUCAUACUCCGGAAGUGGCAGCUUUGCAGGAUACUGACCUGGCCGGUCCUCUAGUCUUCUGUUUGGCUUUCGGAGGAUUUCUUCUUUUGUCUGGCAAAGUGCACUUCAGUUACAUUUAUGGUAUCGGAGUUUUGGGCUGUUUGUCCAUGUGGGCCCUCCUGAGCCUGAUGUCGGCUCAGAGUGUCACAAUAGGCACUGUUGUGACAGUUUUGGGCUACUGUCUCCUUCCAAUGGUCGGCCUUUCAGGAGUGAACGUAAUCCUGAGCUUACAAGGUUACGUCGGUAUUGUGUUGACCAGUGUGGCGAUUUUGUGGUGCAGUCUUUCGGCUUCCAAACUGUUUGUCACCGCUCUAGCCAUGGAUCAUCAACAACCCUUAGUGCUUUAUCCCUGUGCCCUACUUUACGGCGUUUUCGCUUUGAUUACAAUUUUUUAGACCCAACUGGAAUUAAUCGCAAUUCCUUAAACAAACAUUUACCGCGUUGUGGAAUGUUUGAUUAACAUUACUUAUAAUAAAUGCUAAUUAGGC